AGCUGCUCUCCCAGACAUGCUGCGUUUACAAGGAGCUGGUCCUGAGGACUCAGACACUAAGCGACUGACUGCAAAUUUCCCGCCAACCAAUGGGCAGGUUCACGCACAUACGGGGGUGAGGGAUUUUGUGUCUUAUUUCAUCGUGGCAAGAGAUUUAUGGACUUGUACAUGAUGAAUUGUGAACUAUUAGCAACAUGUAGUGCCUUGGGGUACCUGGAAGGAGACACUUAUCAUAAAGAACCAGAUUGUCUGGAGAGCGUGAAGGAUUUAAUCCGUUACCUUCGUCACGAGGAUGAUACCCGUGAUAUUCGACAGCAACUUGGAGCUGCUCAAAUUUUGCAGAAUGAUUUAAUACAUUUGGUCAUCCAACACCACAAUGACAAUCAGCUGUUUGAUGCAGUCAUACGGUUGAUGGUGAACCUAACCCAGCCAGCACUGCUCUGCUUUGGAAAAGUGCCUGCGGAUGCUACAUUUCGGCACCACUUUCUCCAGAUUGAUUCCUAUUUACAGGCUUACAAGGAGGCUUUUGCAAAUGAAAGGCUUUUUGGAGUCUUGAGUGAAAAGUUGUAUGAUCUAUUGCAGAUGGACUGGGAAGAGCGAGAAGAAGAGCAUAAUUUGCUUAUUGAAAGGAUCCUUCUGCUGGUGCGAAAUAUCCUUCAUGUUCCUGCUGACCCAGAGGAAGAAAAGAAUGUAGACGAUGAUGCCAGCGUUCAUGAUCGGGUGCUUUGGGCAGUGCACAUGAGUGGGAUGGAUGACCUUGUAAAAUUUCUGGCCAGUUCUGAUACAGAGCAACAGUGGUGUAUGCAUAUUCUGGAGACUGUUUCUCUUAUGUUCAGAGAUCAGAAUGCAGAACAGCUUGCUGCAACUGGUCAGGCACGUUCAAGAGACCCUGAUGUAAAAGAUUUGGAGAUCCUACGUCAGAGGGAAAUGGCAGAGAAGAAGAGCAGAGUGUUCCAGCGUGGUUCCAGGCAUUCUCGAUUUGGUGGAUCUUAUGUGGUUCAAGGCUUGAAAUCUAUCGGAGACAAAGAUAUCAUUUACCACAAGGGUCUUCAUAAUUUUAAAAAUUAUACCCAUGACCUUGGAAAAGACAGGAAGAGGGUUCCAAAGAGACGACAACAGGCCAGGGACAUUGAGCCACGCCGCCGGUCAGCACUUAAUGUCCGUCUGUUUCUGAAGGAGUUUUGCAUUGAUUUCUUGGAGAACUGCUAUAACCGGCUCAUGUGCAUUGUGAAGGACCACCUGAUUCGGGAGAAGGCUCAGCAGCAUGAUGAAACUUACUACCUAUGGUCAAUGGCUUUUUUCAUGGCCUUUAACCGGAAGUUCCGCUUUAGACCAGAGCUUGUGUCUGAGACUGUUAGUAUCAGGACCUUUCACUACAUAGAACAAAACCUCACUAACUAUUAUGAGAUGAUGCUAACUGACAAGAAAGAAGCUUCAUCUUGGGCACGCAGAAUGCACUUGGCCCUGAAAGCUUAUCAGGAACUUCUGACUAAUGUAAAUGAAAUGGAUCAUUCAAAAGAGGAGGCCGUCCGAGAAAGCAGCAAAGUAAUUAAAAAUAAUAUUUUCUACUUGAUGGAGUACCGGGAACUCUUUCUAGCCCUUUUCAGAAAAUUUGAUGAAACCAAACAGCCACGGUCUUUCUUGAAAGACCUGGUAGAAACCACUCAUUUGUUCCUCAAAAUGCUGGAAACGUUCUGCAAAACAAAAGGGACAAUUGUGGUCCAGAAACGGAGGGUGAAAAAAAAGAAAAAGAAGCGUAAACAGUCUUCAGAAGAACAACACAAGAGUCCAGAGGAGCUGGAGGAAAUUUGGAAAUCGAUAUCUGAUGAACUUAAAGAAUGUGUCGUGGGCUCAAAAGAUCUUCCUGAAGCUGUUGUGCCUUUUGAUGCAGCCUCUGAGAUACCAGUUGAAGAGCAGAGAACUGAAGCUCUAAUUCAAAUCCAGAAUGGACUUCUAUCUGGUAAAGCACCAGAAUCCCUUGUCUUACUACGUUCUGCCAGAGAAGUCUGGCCUGAGGGAGAUGUGUUUGGAACUUUAGAAAUGGAACACGAGGAAGAGAUUGAGCUGCUGAAACAAAUUAUCUUUGCAGAUCUUCCAAGAUCUAAACCUGUUCAGGCAGAGGAUCUACCAGAAGAGGAAGAGGAGGAGGAGGAGGAGAUUGAAGAAGAAGAACUUACCUCUGUCCAAGUAUCCGAAAAGGAGUUUAAUUUUCUGGAUUACAUGAGAAGAUUUGCCAAUUCCAAUGUGGUGAAGACCUAUGUGCUGUUGUUGAAGAACUACCAGCAGAACAGUGCUCACACCAACCACUGUGCUGUGAAAAUGCUGCACCGCAUUGCUUAUGAUCUCAAAAUGGAGGCCCUUCUCUUUCAGCUCUCAGUGUUCUGCCUUUUCAAUUGUAUCUUGAGUGAUGCAGCAGCUAGCGUCUACAAGGAAUUGGUAUCCUUCUCUAAAUAUAUCCUGAACAAAUUCUUUGCCCUGGCAGCAACAAAUAACAAAGCUUAUGUGGAGCUUCUUUUCUGGAAAAAUACCACUGUGGUACGAGAGAUGACAGAAGGUUACAAAAAACUUGGUGAAGAGGAGAGUGAAGCAAAUCGAAAGCGUUUGAAAUGGACUCCAGAGGAGGAAGAGGAACUCAGAGGCCUCUAUUUGCAAUAUAAGGAGGUGGAAAAUGGUGAUGUGGUUGAUAGUAUACUGGCCAAUCUGAAGCCUGGUACACGGACCAGAAAGCAAAUCAUUAACCAUCUUGUGCAGAUGGGGCUGGCUGAAAGUGUAAAAGAUUUUAAACGUGAGGUAAAAGGUACACGAAUUGUAAUCUGGACAGAAGACCAAGAGUUUGAACUUCAGCGUCUCUAUGAAGAUUUUCGAGAAACAGAUGACAUCCUUGGAAACAUUAUGAAAAAUAUCACUGCAAAACGCUCUAAAGCCAGAAUCGUAGAUAAACUAAUCAGCAUGGGUAUGAUUUCUGAGCGCAAAGAAAUCUAUAAAAAAAGGAGAAAAAAAGGAAAAUCAACUGGCAUGUCUGAGGAAGAAUUUCUUCGUGAUCUGGGAAUAGAUGGAAAAGACAUUGAUAUAAAUGAUGAGGAAGAAUCUGAAGAAGAGGAGGAGGUUGACGAAGAAGAGGAAGAGUAUGAAAGUGCCAAGUUUGAGCAGAAGCCAAAGGAGAGCAAAAGAAAAGACAAGGAGAAUGACUCCUUUUCGGACAAGAAGAUUCAUAGUCUUCUAAAAAGUUUGGAGGAGGAGGGUCUAUCCAGUCCUGUAGUGUGGCUUCAGAAUUGUUUAAACAGAGCUGCAGAGGAUAGAGAAGAGGACGGUUUUUCUCAGCCAAUUCCCCUUGUGCCUUUAACGGAAGAGAACGAGGAUUCUAUGGAGAAUAAGACAUUCCAAAAGCUACUAAAAAAACUAGGUGUUCGUCCUCCAGCUAAUGAGCAGGAAUCAUUUUGGCGCAUCCCAGCCAAACUGAGCCCUGGACAGCUUCGCAAGAUGGCAGCUUCACUUGAUUACUUACCUCCUGAUAAUGCUGCAGAAACACCGCUGGAGUCUGAAGAUCAAGAUAAAGGCCUAGAACAGCGUGCAGGAGCUUUGCGGGCUCUGUUACUUGCUCGGAAAAAGAAAACUGGAACAAUGUCACUUGAAGAAAAUGAGGAACAAGAAAACGAGCCUACAACUGUCCAUUUUGAAACAGAUGACCAAGAUGAGAGACCAAAGAGAGUGAUGAAACGAAGCCAUGUGGUAGACAGUGACGAUGACGAACUAGUAAUUAAUGAAGAACUGAAAGAAACCGACCAGCAGCUAUCAGAUACCUCUUCUAAAAACAAACAUAAAAGUAAUAGACCAAAGAGAGUGUUGAAACGAACCCAUGUGGUGGACAGUGAGGAUGAGGAACUAGUAAUUAAUGAAGAACGAACGGACCGGCAGCUAUUGGAUACCUCUUCUGAAAACAAACCUAAAAAUAAUAUGCCAAAAGUAAAAAGAAGCAAACUGGUUGACAGUGAUGAUGAAGAUGAUCUAGCAACAAAAAGUCAAGGAGAAGCUGCAAUGAAGCGUGGUCACACAGGAGCAGGGUCUGAUUCAGAGAUGGAGGAAGACAUUAAACCAACAAAAAAGAAACGUCUCAGUAUAGAGGAUGAAGAAGAGGACUAAUGCUGGAUGCCUUUAAGUCUUUUUAGGUUUCCUGCCUUAAUAACCUCUUAAACACCGUCACGGCUGCUAACUUACAGGAUAGCUGUCGUCAAAUUUUCACUUAUUGUUUUUUUAAAAAGUUUAUUACAUUUAAUUAAACUUUAUUUAUUUUUUCUUAAAAUGUAUUUAUAUUGGUGGGAUUUUUUUGUGUGUUAAAGAAUUUUUAUU